GUGUGUGUGUGUGGGGGGGGGGGGUUAUACUUCUCUCACAGUGGAAAGCUGAAGUGCCCUUUACGCACAAGCUCUCGUCCAUCUAAAGCCACGGUCGGAAGACUUGGCAUUAAUUACUGCUCGGUAUGAUGGCAGAGGAAAUCCUCAACGAUUCCUUCCUAGAUCUGAAAGAAGUGGAAAAUAAGGUUGGCAGUAAAACACCGGAAAGUCUUCUGAUUUGGAUGAGGGAUGCUGCGGACUGCGAAGAUGGUUGGAGGUCUGAUGUGGUCGACAGGGGACACCGCAGCUCUGCCCUCGCCGGUAGCUUUUCUGACAAAAUAAGCAACUUAAAACAAGAUAUGAGGUGGCUGCGUUCUGCCGAUGUGAGGAUCCUGCGCCAGCUGGUGGCGGUGCACGAGGGUAUCGAGGCCAUGCGUUGGCUGAUGGAGGAGCGGGGUGCCCUAGCCAGCCAUGGCAGCAGCUUAACAGGUAGCCUGAACAACCUGGUGACUGUGGAGGAGCAAGGGCCCUCGAUGUCCGCCUGCAGAGAAAGCCAGAGACCAACUCAGGAUUUGACUGAAACCACCUCUGGUGAGGAGUCAGCAGAUCAGCCACCGCACACUGGGGAUGGUGAUUCAAACAACAAGAGCUACUUCGACAGAAUCCCUGAGUCUUCUGAUGCAAGACCCCUUCAUCCUUCUAGGCAUGGGGGGCCAUCAUCUAGUCCUGCCAGCGGUUUGGUUAGUGCCAAAUUACACAACAAAAAGUCACAACCACAAGACUCAGCUGUAGCUCCACUAAAAGACAUCAAAGAUGGUGCUAACAGCAUCAGAAGAGCUCUUAUGAGAUCCAACAGGACAAGAAGAGGAGUGAAAGGGGACAAUGGAAGUUUUUCCCUCACUAAACAGUCAGGGGAGACACAUACAGAGCACCAAACUCAGGAGACUUUCAGAUCCGGUCAGCGCAAUAAGGUAGAGGAAGAGAGUGUGCAUAACAGAGAGACGGCUUUGCUGGCCUACGAUGCUCAGUGGUGCUGGGUGGAGUCCCAGGACGACGUGAUGUUUCUAUGACCUUCUAUAUGCAUGAUUUCAAUUUAUGAUAUUUGGUGUGAAGCUUUUCCCUUCAACAGUUUAAAAUGCACUUUGACACUGAUGAAUAAAUGAAGAAUGAUGCUUAAAGAUAAACAUUUUACUGUCUCUUUCCCCCUACUCUUUGGCUUUUGAUUAUGAUGUAUGCUGUUUGAUGUGUGUUUUUAUGGAGUUCCAAAGACAUUAAAAAAAAACUUUUGUUUCGUUUUACCAGAGUUGAGUUGCAGAGAUAAACUGUUUUCUGUCUUUUUCAUUCAACUGCAUUUCAUUGAAAUUAUCUCAUUCAAAAAACAAGAAUGGCUGUCUAUACUUUCUUGUGUUUAUUUUUCACAUGUAGUCCAGUCUCUUUGAAUUCUGUAUGGAUAUAAGGCAACAAUUAAACUGUGCGGAUUUUAAAAACGAUGCUGCAAUUAUGCAUUUUGUUCUGCUUAAAUUUUUAUGCAAUAAUGAGCCUAACAUAUUAUCUGUUGGUAAUAAACCAGUCUUUACUGAUGAUCUUUGUUGUCUCUUAACCCAAACACCAGAGAAGUGUAAAUGUGCUGAAUGAAUGUGUGUAAUUUUGGUCUUAGUCUUGGUGAAAUUAUUCCUAAUCAUAACAUACACAUGUUAAAAUGAAGUGCUGUUCCUUUAGGCCAGUGUAGCCUUCCCUGGUUCUUUGGAGCUGGGUCUUUUAUUGUAAACAUUAUAAUUGACACAAGCGCUGGAUACAUUGACUAAUAUAUUCAAUUUAAU